CUAUAUAUAACGACCAGCGCCGCGAGAAGCCUCAAGUCUCAACCCAAGCACACACAAAUCAAACCACACUGGUCAGCAAAGGCAAAAGUGAAGCACAACUGCACUAGUUUCUUGAUCAUGGACAAGAUCCUGGCCUUCUCCAUCCUGAGCUCGUCGCCGGCGGAGAUCGCCGCGCCGGGGUACUACACGCGAUUCUCCUGGAGGACGACCAGCGCCGGGAAGCAGCAGAAGGCGGCGGCGGAGAAGGCGCCGACGAGGCAGCAGGAAGGGGAGAAGCAGCAGGCCGGGCGGAGCUCGCCGGCGGCGGCGGCGGAGAGGAAGCCGGUGGCGAGGCCGCGGUUCGCGCCGGAGUUCGACGGCAUCAAUUGCUUCGAGACCAUCGUUCCCUUCUGACUCUAUCUCGAUGCUUCAAUUCUUCUCUUAGUUUUUUUUUUGUUUAAAGAGGCGUAAUUUGUACAGAGCUGUGGCAUACAGCGAUCAAAUGAAACUGAUGAAUGACCAUACGUUUAUUUGAUUUAAAAUCAAAGUUUAUUCUCUUCUUCCUGGUA